ACUGUGUGGCAACAAUGCAUGAGAGGAUGGAGCUCACGUGUAGGCUUAAUGAAAUGCCUGUAUCACUCUCUUUAAGAAAAAUCAAUGAGGUGUGUGAUAAUGUGCAACACUUAGUGGCUGAUGAGGCAGCAGCCUUUAAAUUUGACUGCCCCCACCCGCAGGGAAGGGUUUUUAUGGUAAAUAUCAUGGGAGGCUUCCACAACCUUCUCAUUGGCUCAGAAGUCGGAGACCCCCGUCGUAUAAAGCGGGAGUACCUCAUGUAGCAGCCUUUAACCGCUGGCAGGCGUUCUGAGUCACGCUUGGACUUGAGCUGAACGGGAAAAUACCUUUUUUACGCACGGAGCGCUUGGAGAGGCUGCGGACGAGAGCGCGCCGGCGAUCCAUUUUUUUUUUUUCCGAAGGAAAAAGGGGGAAAAAGAGUUGCAAGACCAACAGAAGCUGUGAGCUGAGGCGUCUGAGUGGGCAUGUGGCUCCUGGAGAAGCUCCGUAGCAGUGGGACACAAUCCCAGCCCCCGCAGACAACAGAGGCCAUUCCCGUCUCUGUUUACGCCAACGUCCUCACUCCGGACAAGAUCCCAGAUUUCUUCAUCCCCCCGAAACUGAUCUGCUGCCCGCCAGAGGAGACCCUCACCCCCGAGCCUCAGCACUGCUCCAAGCUGCGCCCCUCCUCCUCUGACCACGCCAUCUGCAUCCAGAGCCCCAGAGCACGGAGCAGCAAGAACCCCUGCAGCCCUCGCCUCUUCUCCCGCAUGGUGGGCGACACCCGCAACCUCCAGAAGUCGGCCAACCGUCACAUCAUCCAGAUAGAGAGCGCCGACGAGCCGGCGUCUGUGGACAGGGUCAGCUCUGAUGUCAACACCAACGCAGACCCUCAGUCACAGACUGCAAUGUCUCUGCCCUACGUCCCCAAGGCUCAGACCUCCUACGGGUUCUCCACCCUGGUGGAGUCUCCCCACACCCGACGCAAGGAGAGCCUCUUCCACAGCGACCCCAACAGCCCUUUCACCUCACCCAACUCCCAGAGGCGCUCCCAAGGGGGGACUCUGCUGGCUCCAGCUGACCCCAACCCCUACCGGUACUUCAGCGGCGGAGAGAGCGACACCUGCUCGUCAGCAGACUCGUCCCCGUUUAACUCCCCUCUCCUGUCCCGCUCUGCCUCCCUCCUGCGCUCCAUCACACAGCAGACACAGGCCAAGGUGACUCGUGCCAAGCGCACCCUGGCACGCCACAGCUCUCUCUCCACUGAUGACUGCAGCUCAGCAGACAACAGCCCCAACAUGCAGCGCCGCCGCAACCGCUGCCCCCCGUCCCCCGCCUUCAGAGGGUGCAAAAGCGGUGGCUCGCGGGGCGCGUCGUCGGACGUCCUGCAGCGUGAGCAUACCAUCAACCUCCACAAGGGGGGGACACUGAGGCUGAGCACUCACUACGACCCGGAGGCUGCCCGACUGAGGGUCCGCGUGCUGGCGGCCGAGGCCCUUUACGACAGGCAGACGGAUCUUAAGAGCAUCAACUGCUGCGUGGCGCUCUACCUGAAACCAGGCAAGCAGCAGAAACAGAGGAGCACCAUCAUCAAGAACAGCAGGAACCCGGUGUUCAACGAGGACUUCUUUUUCGACGCGCUGCCCAAGGCGCAGGUGAAGAGCCUGGCCAUGAAGAUAAAGGUAGUGAACAAAGGGACCAGUCUGAGGAGAGACGUGCUUCUAGGCGAGAGGGAGGUGCUGCUCAGUGAGCUGCUCGCAGGCCUCUAGGGAGCCGCUGUCAAGACCCGGCUGAAAGCAAGCAGCUCCACGUCUCCCGGGGGAGGCGCCUUUUUUUCUUCUCUGGCUACCUUUUCUAUCGCACUCCACAGAUGUGGCGAGGGCUGGGCAGGUGAAAGCAUGCCGAUCACGUCGAUGACAAGGGAGCUGUUUCUCACGCAACCAGAAUAUAGAAGCGCUCUGUCCCGAUCCAACACAUGAAGGCCACCGUUAUGUACAUGCUUACCAGUGUAUUAGCAACGUGAACAGUGGAGCUGUUUGUGCCUAAAUAUUGAGGUGUUUUUCCUUCCGAUGUGGCUUAGUGUCACAUCAGCCGCAGUGGUGACGCAGUGAUAGUACAUGUGGAUUUUUUGCACGUUCCUGUGGUCCUCUGUGUACUGAAGAGUUUAUAUAUUUUGGGGAUUAGACUGUAAUGUGCCCCUGGGUGUACUGUUGAUAUGACUGUUGUUACAUGUGAUGACAUGUGAACACGUGAAUAAAAAAACGUUAAACUCG